AUGUCCUUGAUGGUGGCAGGGGGUGGCAGGGGUGGGGGAGUGGUGGGGGGUGGGGCAGGGGGCAAAGGGAGCAAUGGGACCAAGGGAGCCAUUAGGUUGAGAAUUGGGUUGUGGAACAUAGGGACGCUGACGAGUAAGUCUAUAGAGUUAGCUAAGAUUCUCCAGAAGAGGAAGGUCAAUAUAGCAUGUGUUCAGGAGACUCGGUGGAUAGGAACGAGAGCGAAGGACGCAGACGGGUUUAAACCGUGGCACUCAGGUAGCAUGAAGGGUAGGAACGGAGUGGGUAUUUUGGUGGAUAGGGAUCUUAGAGAGUUGGUGGUUGAGGUUACGCAGGUGAAUGAUUGGCUUAUGGCGAUUAAGUUAGUGGUUGGAGAGCUCACCCUAAAUGUCAUUAGCGCGUAUGUUCCCCAGUGGGCUUAG